AUGGAAAUGAAUAGCAUCUACGUUUUUAAUGGCAGGAGCCGCCCGACGCACCUCUCGUUUUCCCGCGACCACCAACCUUCCGCGAAUGCGAUUUUGGCUGAGGCCAGGAAGAAGCGUGAGCGACGCGAGAAAAAUAGGGUGCAGCAGCAAGCAGCGUUGUGUAUACAGCGUAAGGCUCGACUGUGGUUGAGCCGAAUGUCACUUGCUGAUCUUGCAAUGCAAUUGUUUCAGUCCAUUCAUGAGGGAUCACAGGGAACGCUUGGAAGGUCUUUGGAGCACCUCUGUUUAGACUUCAAGUUCGUCUGCCGUGGUCAACGUCGUGGGGUUGACCAGUAUUCUUGCCAGAGGAUGUGCACACGGGUUAUUUUGCAGCAGUUAUGCCGUUGCAUUCAUGCAGGCACUCUUAUGGAGGAGUUGUAUGGCUGCCGGCAUGAGCUUGGCUUGCUGGUUCGCUUGACGUUGGCAGAGUACGCCAGCCCGCCCGUUGACGAGGAAUUGAGUGAAACUUGCUGGAAAGAGGAGCAUUUGCUUGUGCUAGAUGCCCUUUUUAAAAUGGCCAUCCUAUUGAAUGAGAAGGGGAAGCUGUUAGUGCCGACGCUACAGCUUCUUAUUCGGCACGGCAAGGUAGGAAACGAGGCCGUUGUAUCGCGAAUUCACCAACUGUAUGCGUCACUCUCCGCCGGCGAAAUUGCCGUGGCCUUGGAAACCCCAGAAGGCAAGGAGAUGCUGCUGGAGUCUCUCACUUCUUCACCCCGCGUUGAGGCAUGCCUUUUCCCCACCUCAUGUGCACUGGAUGUCCUCUUGGCAUCUUCACACGAUGAAGCAUGUGCCGUGAGGGAGGAGGGAAAUGCGGCAUUGGUUGAGGCAGUCGUAAACUUUGCGAAGAAAAAGCUACCAACCAUCAUUCGUUUUCCUUCAACAACGGCACUCGGUAAAUUUGUGCGUCUGAUACCUUUUUUCCUAGAGACCGAAGGUGCUCAGGAAGGUGAAUUACACAGAAAUUGGCUGAGGUGUCUCUUACAACUCACCCUUCAGGCAAGCAGAGGCGAUGAACUGCUGAAAAUGACGCUGGUAGACCUCCUUCAUCCACACAUUGAGGGCUCCACACAUGCGAGUAGGUACGUGCACUUGCCGACAUACUUGUUUACGGCAGACUGUGGGUUACGUCUGUUAAAGGAGACUGCUGUCAGAGUUGCUGCGCUCAAUGACUUUACUCUCGACGGAGACCCAUCAUCUCCGCUUCACUCCAACGCCUUGUCGGAUUUUGAUCUUCUAUGCAGCAUCAUUGUGUGGCCAGUUUACAACUUUUCGCUGGGGUCUAAGGAACAAAGUAUUGAGGUAACCACAAUUGUUUCAAAAUUGGUGAAUUCACCGGAGAUUUUGCGGUGCUUGUGGCGUAUCUACCAAAACUGUAAUGCCAGUAUAUUUGGUGCACUAGAUGGGACGAAGAAGGAGCUUCUGUUGAAUCGAGUGAGGGCAGGUGAGGUGGUUCAUCUUCCCUUUAUUGGCGAGCCUCCAGUAGAGCUUCUUAGCAUGCUGACAGUUGCAACAUCGGGACGUUCUUUUUUUUGGGACCCGUAUCCUGCGGUGUCGGUAUUGUUUUUCACCUUGCUAAGCUAUUUUGUGGACGCCACCGAUUUUAUGGAAGGGCUUGAACGUUGCACAGUCAUGGAUCGUAACGACGCCGUAAUACUUAUACUGGUGUUAAAAGGGAUUAUACAUCGGUCGUACAUGCAUGGCAUUCUCCCUCACUGUAACAGUGAGGCUGUUGCACAGACGGCGCUCAAGUUGUUGGUCAAACUACAUGUUAUAGAUGAAGUACAAUCGUUUGUUCCACAUCCCUUUGUCUGGGUUACUUCGACGGAUUCGGUGAUUCUUGGCGCAGUUGCCUCCGUCACUAGAGGAACGUGGUCGAGCAUUGAGUCGGCAUUGGAGUUUUCCACGUCCAAUGAGGCUGCGGUGGAUGCUGCAAAGCCAAAAUGUGCCUCUAUUUGCCAUCCUCAGUGGGUAGAGAGCACGACGUGGCCCCAGCCUGAACGGGUACUUCGACUUCUUCAAAAUGCCCCCUUCACUAUCCCGUUUCCUGCGCGUGCCACGGUGUUCUCCGGCUUUCUCCUUGACCAAGGGCGGCGUGCGUUUUUUGGCUCUGGGGAAAACUUUAUUGUGCGUCGUGGUCACGUCUUUAUGGACGCAUUUGACCGCUUCGCCAACGCUCCAGACAGCCCUGAAAUGGUUAGCGUUCGUUUUCGAGACGCAACCAACGGCAUUGAGGAAGGCCACGGUGAGGGAGUGUACCGGGAGUUCCUUGUGAGUCUGUGUACCGAGGCAUUUGCCGCCGAGUACGGUAUGUUUCGUCAAACCGAAGACGGUGACGUUUACCCCAACCCGUUUAGUUAUGAGAUGACAGGAGACGCACAGCACCUGCGUCGCUUCACAUUUCUUGGUGCCAUAGUGGGUCGAUCACUGCGGGAUGGGGUCUUGCUGGAUAUCCCUUUUGCGCCCCACUUCCGCAACUCUAUUCUUGGCCGUAGUAACUCGAUCAACAACUUAAAGAGUUUUGACAAGCAGCUGUACCGUCAUAUUAUCUCUUUGCGCUCUCUAAGCGAGGAGGAAAUUGAAAGCUUGUCACUGACCUUUACGUACACGGUAGAUAUAUUGGGAGAGGUGCGUGAGGUGGAGCUGCUGCGUGGUGGAAGAGACAUUCCAGUCACACACCGCAAUUGCUUGAAUUAUAUUCAUCUUAUGGCAAGCUUCAAGUUGAACCACGAGUCGGCCCGUCAAACCAAAGCUUUUCUGGAAGGCCUGGGAAUGAUCGUGAAUCUCAGUUGGUUGAAGCUGUUUGAUAGCAAGGAACUCAUGAAGCUCUUUGGCGGGGACGCUGAGGGGGUCAUCGAUGUCGCGGACUGGAGACGGCACACAGAAUACCAUCACGCAGAUGAUGAAAAGAGUGCCCCUGUGCAAUACUUCUGGCAGGUGGUGGAGUCCAUGUCGAUGGAGGAGCGAAAAAAGUUGCUGAAGUUUGCCACAUCCAUGCCUCGGCCCCCGCUGCUUGGCUUCCAGUUCCUCAGUCCCCCCUUCAAAGUACAUGUCGUGUGGGGCACGUCUGAGGAACGGCUGCCGUCCGCAUCGACGUGUUUCUCUACGCUAAAGCUUCCACCAUACCACGACUUUGAAACCGCGCGACGAAAAAUAAAGGCCGCAGUCGAAGAAACAGAAGACUUUGGGCUCAGCUAG